AUGUCUUUGAGAUUGUCAGUCAGAAGAUUCACCACCACAGCUAUCAGAUUGUUCGAGAAGGAGAAGGAGGUCCAAGCGCAGGCGGCAAACGCCAUCAAGGCUCCUGGUGGCCACUUCCAGUCGUUUGCUCAAUACCGCUUGAAGAUUGUCCAGCAGGACCCGCUGUCGAUGCAGACCAGGAGAAUGUUUGUUAUGAGCAACCCAGGAACCGUUCAGGCCGACGAGGCGGACGCGAAGCUCAGAAAGCUGGCUAAGAAAAUCUCGUACAGAGAGGACUGA